UUCGCACCGUGGACACAGGCCUUAUGUCUAUCCUGUAACUUGCGACGGCAAUAUUACUGCUGUUACAUGACGUAUACGUAUGCGUAGUUGUAAUGCACUAUUUAAUAACUUGUAAUAAUGCGUUAUAAUAGCGAUAUUAUCGUCAGCAGUUUUAGGAUAACAUAUUAGUGUAAGUAGCAGUCGUAUAAAGUAACGCGAAGGAAGAUGCGCGAACGUUGCGAACCGCCUUUAAGUCACGACAAAUGUCGUACUAUUCUGGCGACCAUUUUUGUGAGAUUGCUAUCCUAGCUUGUUAUACGGGAUAUUUCGUGCGGUCAAUAAACGUCGUGCUAAUAGCACGUGGUAGUUUCGCGACGAGAUUUCGGUAGAGGGAAAUUUUUGCUCCUCGAUUUAUAACGAAUAGCAUAAAACGCCGCAUGCAUUUACAUAAAUAUGUAGUCAACCGUUCCUCAUCCACAGUCGUGUUGGGAAUGUUUAAUGGAGGAGUGAUAAUUAAUUGAGUCGAGGAAAAAAAGUAAUAUCCGAGUGAUUUCCGCUGUGUUGCCGGAGACGUGCACACUAUUUCAGCAGCUGUAAAGUCCGCACGACAGAUCCAGAACCUGGUUGUGGCGUGGUUCACAAACGUCAUGGUUCUUUAUUAUGCUGGAGCUUAGUUUAUUGUCUUUCUCACUCUCUCUUUCUCUUCCUAUUGGUGUACCCGUAAUAUAUUAAUUGAUAAUUGACGAAGGAAGAAGCUAUCGUUUCAGUCUCUUGGAUUCUAAUAAGGGUAACGCGCGUAACAAUGGCUGCAACUUUUGAUCAGUACGACAAAUCAAGCUGGUAUUUUGGUGCUAUGUCACGACAAGAUGCUUCCGACUUAUUAAUGAGUGAAAAAGAAGGCGGUGUAUUUUUAGUGCGAGAUAGUACUUCUAUACAUGGCGACUUUGUACUAUGUGUAAGAGAAGACAGUAAAGUUAGCCAUUAUAUCAUUAACAAAAUACAACAAGCAGAUCAAAUUCGAUAUCGGAUUGGAGAUCAGAUGUUUGCAGACAUUCCCAGUCUUCUGGCCUUCUAUAAGUUGCACUAUUUGGAUACUACACCAUUAAUUAGGCCUGCUCCGAAGAAGACACAAAGAGUAAUUGCAAAGUAUGAUUUUGAAGGCAAUGAUUCUGAGGAUUUACCCUUCAGAAAAGGUGAUAUACUUACUGUAAUAUCGAAAGAUGAGGAACAGUGGUGGACUGCUAGAAAUAGUGUUGGACAAACUGGUUCAAUACCAGUGCCAUACGUUCAGAAGUACGACGAGGAUAGCCAUAUAAUAAUAGAAAAUAACUCGCGACCUGAGAGUGGCGGCAGUUCCGGAUCUAAUUCGAAUUCGGGACCCAUCUCGCAGGUAUCUCAUGCAGAAGUGACCGGACAAACCACGAUAACGCGAAGAUCAAACAUUCAGAGAACACUACCAGCUUUUGCAAAAGUGAAACAGGCAAGAGUGCCAAAUGCGUACGAUAAAACUGCACUUAAAUUGGAAGUAGGUGAUAUGAUAAAAGUGACAAAGACUAAUAUUAAUGGCCAGUGGGAGGGUGAAUUGCAUGGUAAAGUUGGGCACUUCCCAUUUACGCACGUCGAAUUUGUAGAUAAUGAGACUGGUGAAGAGAGAGACAAUCAGGAGAUUUAACAAAAAUUCUCCGAAUGUGAUACGUUGUAUGUGUGACAAAGGGGAAAAAGAUUCUUCCUAUAUUAUCAAAAUUUAGGUUAUUAAUACAUCUAUUAUAUGUACUAUCACACGGAUAUGCUUAUCUCAUCUGAAUCAAGUCUGAACAACUAUAUUAUAUUUACAUUCAUUUCAUUAUUGCAUGUUACAUACUGCAAGAAUAGACUCCAUAUUUUCGUGCAAUAUGUUGAAACAUAACAGACGUUUAAAGAUGUGCGUUAGUAUCUCUACAGUGUUAAUAAUUUAGUCACUUGUCAAUCCAUAAUCUUGUGUUAUACAUUGCUAAUUGCCCAAAGCACAAGCAUAAUUUUAUCAAGUUAUUAGAUAUAGAUAUGUAAUAGAGCUAUAUAUUAGUAUCUCCUUGUUAUAUUUCAUUAAAUAUUGAAAUUACAUAUGUUUUGAUGAAAUAGCGAACAAAACAAUUUUUGUAAAGGAUACAGUAUUUAUAGAAUAGAAUUUAUAAUGAUAUUAAUUUACAGUUUUAAACUGUCAAGUUAUAUGUAUAAUAUUUCACAUUUUUUCUUACAUAGAUCUUAAUAUAAUGCACUAGUUUAAUAUACACAUGUAAGUUUUUAUUGUUUAUCUAGGAAUUUAUUAGUACUUGAAAUGAAUAAUUCAAUAUACAAAAUUCUUCAUACCCUCAACAAGUACUCGUAGAGUAUCUGUUAAUUUCUCGAAAAGAUUAUGUUAUUGAUAAGUUAUUACUUUUAUUUAUAAAUCUUACAAUAAAGAAGGCAUGCUUUUUAAAUUGUUUUAUUAGUAAAUACUACAGUUAUACGUAUGUAUUCCUGAGAAGUUGUAAAAUGGUAGAUUCUGUAGUAAGAGGAAUAUAUGGUAAAUAUCUUCUAGUCAAAAACGUAGUAAAACUAUGAUAAAAGGGCAGGGUUCCAGAUUUCACACAGAAUUUAACGGAUAUACAGUAGUGUGAACAAAACGAACACGAUGUAAGUCAGACACGUUCACGAAAUGGACCAAUAAGACAGACAUAAAAAGAAACGGAAACAUGUAGGAUAGAAACGGUCCUAAUUGUCCGACUUUCCGCACAGCGAAAUCCACGCAUUAAUCAGCGCUUUAAGAAAACGAAGUCCGUCAUUGCACAAGCAAGAUUGUAUCCGCUUCUUCCUGUGUCUGUUUGGGAUCUGCCCGACUUACGCUGCGUCCGUCUCGUUCGCACUGCUGUGUGCAUCUGGACCGCACUCUGAUAAAAGUAUACUGUAUAUAUCCUUGUCACAUUGUUCCAUUAUCAUUGCCAAUACGUCUGGAUAGGACAUUCUAAAGAUUAAAAUAACGACAGUACGGCUGUUCUGCAAAUUAUGAAGUAUCUUUGUCAUAGUACAUAUAAUAUCUGUUAGCCAUAGGUUGUGCCACGAUCGGAGCAACUCGUACUAAAAGUUUGUAUUUAUAUAAUAACGAUGGAAAGACUUAAUUAUAUCAAAUUUGGUUAUUAUUGUAGAGUACAAUUAUGUAGAGUGUUUUAUGACUUUUGGGAAAUAUUUUAAUAUCAGAUUCUUGAAUAAUACUGCAUUUGCAAAAUCAAAUGUUUAUUAUGGAAAAGUAUGAUUACGUAAUUUUUUUAUCAAAGUAUGCGCUAUUAAAAGAUUUUCUGGCGGCCAUGAAACAUCUUGUAUAUUGGAAUUUGCAAAUAAAACCUCGUACAAUGUGUAUUGUAGUAUUUACUAAUAUUUGAAAACUAGCAAGUCUGUACCAUUUAUCAUGUAUGCAAUGUUUUAUUAUAUUUUCGGAAUAUAAUUGCUUUCAUUAUUCAAUUUUUUAA